UCCUCUCUCUGUGACCAAACAGCUGGUUCGUUUUGCUCUUAUUCCGGAUUAGGGUUAAAACUCUUCACAAUCACAGACUCUCUUAUAGCUAGGCCGCGCCAACUCUCUCUCUCACAUAGUACUCAGUACGAACAGGCCAAGGUUCUAUUGAGACAACCAUAGUCUUUUGCUUUAGUUUCUAGCAUUGGAGGUUGUAAUAGCUUCUAGUGGUAAUGGUUGUAAUGGUGGAUGUGGUGACAAGAAGUGAUCAUUUGGUGGUAUGAAUUGUACUAAACCUUAUUGUUGGGUGAAAUACAACAAGACAGAGUACGUGCAUCAGGUUAUAGAUGGUAUUAAACAAUCACAGUUUACUUCUGUUCUAGUUGGGCAUACGGCUCCCAGCACUGGUAUCAAGAUGCACUCACUUCUCAACUCAGCGAACUCAUUCUGAAAUUGAGUACUGCUCUCCUUUCUUACAGUGUUACAUUUGUUUCAAAUAAUGCAGCCCAAUCUUCUCCACUGUGGGUUAUUGACUCCAGCAUGAACAAACAUCGAUAUGAACCUCAAGACCAGGGAGAUGAUUGGUUCGGGCCAUGAGAAGGAUAGCCUUUAGUAUCUGGAUCCUGAUGGCUUGUUCUCCCUUACUCUCUCAGCUUUGAGUGCUACCAUGUCUCCUUUCCAAUGGAAAUUUUCAUUUGGGCGACCAAACUAAAGUUUGUGAUUCCUUUAUUGAGUCAUGUGUCUAAUCUUGAAUGUGAAGCAUCUCACUUAGGAAAACAUCAUUUUAGUUCCUUUUUGAGUGUUAGUUAUAGUCAUCAGUUUGAGUCAUUUGAUGUAGUUUGCAUUUUGCACUAGCAUAUGGAGUCCUUCCCUCACUACCAUUUUGAAUUGAUUCCUUUAUUUUAUUAUAUUUCUUGAUGAUUAUUCGCAUAUGACAUGGUUAUUUUUUAUUAAGGAAAGAUCUAAGCUACCUUAUAUUGUUUAUAAAUUCUAUUAUGAUAUCCUUGUUCAAUUUAAUAAGCACAUUAAGGAUUUGGAACGUUCAGAGGCGCAGCUCAAAGAAUUGUUUGCUGGGACUUUGUUUGACUGUCAUGCUUGGGGACUCACUUCUAGUGAUUCCAUUCCAUUGUUCAUAGAUUCUUUAUUUUCUUGUAUAUAAUCUCUUUUUUGUUGUUUUCCUGUAAAUAUUUUUUAGGCUGCUUCAUUUUUUUCGAAUGAAGUAGUACUUUCAUUUAAUAUAACUAUUUCUUACUCAUCAAAAAAUUUAAUAAGUGCAUUAAGAUUCUUUGCUUUGAUAAUGUCUUAGAAUAUACACAAUCUUUUAUUAACUCUUUUUGUGUUGAUUGUGGUAUUGUUCAUCAAACCAGUUGUGCACACAACUCUCAACAAAUUGGAGUUGUUAAAAAAAAAAAAAGCAUCUUCGUUUAUUAGACAUUGCCUGUACCUUGUUGUUCAAUAUGUAUGGGGUGAUCUUGUUCUCACAGCAUGUCAUCUCUUUGAUUGAUAAACUUUCCCCUUGGUCUCACAAGCAUGUUUUCCUUGGAUACUCUCGUACUCAAAAGGGCUAUUGGUGUUAUAGUCCUGAGUCUCGACCUUACUUUGUGAAUGCUGAUGUUACACUUCUUUAAUCCUCCUUUUUCUCAUUGGGCCAGAAUUUGUCUACCAAUCUCAUCUUUAGUUGUGAGGGGAGUUUUUGGUACCUUCACCUACUCUUCAUUCUAUUGUUUGUCAUAUCUUGCAUUAUUUGAAAGGAGCUCCUAGGCGUAGACCAUUGUACAGGCCUUUUAAUUCCCCCAUCUAUUACUGGUUUAAGUGAUGCUGACUGCUCUGAUAGGCGGUUCACCCCUGGUUAUGGUACCUUUGUUAGAAGCAAUCUUGUUACAUAGCACAGUAAAAAGAAAAAUUCUGUUGCCCCGCUAGUGCUAAAGUUAAUAUAAAGCUACUGCUCAUACUUCUUGAAUGGUUGUGUGUUUGGUCUCUCCUUCGAGGUGGUGUUGUUCCUCUUCCUAUGGAGAAAGAUUAUGAUAAUCAGAAUGAUAUAUAUUUUUUGAUAAGUAAUCAGAAUGAUAUCAUUAUUGCUAACAAUACAGUUUUCUAUUAGCAUGCCAAAUAUAUCAAGGUUGAUUUCCAUUUUAUUUGAAAUUUAUUGAUGAGGAAACAAACUGUCAAACACCCCUCCCCCCCAACAGAAAUGUUUGAUUGAAUGAUUAGCCUAGUGAUGUCUUGAGAAAGUCAUUAGCUUGUGCCUUCUUCUAGCGAUUGUCUUCCAAGAUGGACAUGUUUGAUCUAUUGGCAUUAUUGGUUAUAAUGGGGUUGUUAUUGUACUUAUCAAAAAAAUAAUUGGGUUACUAUUGCAUUAGCUUAACAGUAUUCUUGAAAUCAUGCCAUAUUACUCUAAUAUAAAUAUAUGCCUAUUUUUUAGUCUUUCUCCUCUUUGAGCAUUCUCUCCUCUUCUGAAGUUUACAACUCAACUGAUGUCUUGUCCAGCUCUCCUCUCCUCCAAUUAUUAGAUGAUAUGAAAAAUUUUCAAUCUAUUAAUUUCUUAACCAUGAAAAACAACUGUACUACAUGCAUUUUUGUUAAGAUUAAGAUUGUUUUACUUAUUGUCUUGGGGCUUUAUAGUUUGUAUUUUUUAUGGUGUUAAUGGUAGAAUUUUUAAAGUUAAAAAUCCAACCAAGUCUCAUUAUUUGUAUCUUUUUGACUGAAUGCUACCACAACUUUGUUUUAAUUGCAAGACAUGAGCAUUAAAAUUCUGUAGAAAAGUCACAUUUACUGCAUUAUGACCCUUAUUGCAGAUUUGUCCUUUUCCUUCCUCUUUAGCUAUUCAAAAGAAAUAAGGUCGUACCCAAUGCACAAAACUCCCACUUUUAUAGGAUCUGAGAGAGGUGAUUAGUAGGCAGCCUUAACCCCAUUUUUUUCUGUUGAAAGACAACAAAUUCCUGGAUUUGAACCUGCAACAUGCCGCUUUGGGUGAAAGACACUUCCACUUCAGCCAUCCAAACAAAAUGAUUAAUAAUAUUUGCAAUUUUUAGGGGACAGAAUGGGUAGCCAAACUGCUACAAGCAAUGAUCGAUCAAGGACAUAUUGGACACCAACAAUGGAACGGUAUUUUAUUGACCUUAUGUUAGAGCAGAUGAAUAAAGGCAAUCGGAUUGGCCAUACUUUCAACAAGAAGGCAUGGACGGACAUGCUCAGUGUGUUCAAUACAAAAUUUGGAUCUCAAUAUGACAAAGAUGUUCUAAAAAGUCGUUAUACAAAUAUGUGGAAGCAAUUCAAUGAUAUAAAGAAUCUUCUUAGUCAAAGUGGAUUUUGUUGGGAUGAAACUCAACAGAUGGUGGUAGCUGAUGAUUAUGUCUGGGAUGCUUACAUUAAGGCUUACCCUGAUGCCCGAAUGUACAAAACUAAACCAGUGCAAAAUUUUAAUGAUUUGUGCUUGAUAUAUGGGUAUACAACUGCUGAUGGAAGAUACAGCCGAUCAAGUCAUGAUCUAGACAUUGAUGAAGAAAUGCAAGGAGUAAAUAUGGGUGAUGGAAUGGGCGGCCUUGCGCCUUCAAGUAAUGAGCGUGGAAGGACCGAUUGGACUCCAGCAAUGGACCAAUUUUUCAUUGAGCUUAUGCUGGACCAAGUAAAAAGAGGGAAUAAGACUGAAAAUACUUUCAAUAAACAAGCAUGGAAUGAUAUGCUUGCUUCGUUCAAUGAAAAAUUUGGUCCACAACAUGGCAAAAGGGUUUUAAGGCAUCGAUACAAGAAAUUGUGGAAGUACUAUAGUGACAUAACAAUUCUUCUUAAACAAAAUGGCUUUUCUUGGAAUGAAACACAACAAAUGGUUGCAGCUGAUGAUGAUGUUUGGGAUGCAUAUCUCAAGGCACACCCGCAUGCACGGACAUAUAGAACAAAAACCCUUCCAAACUACUAUGAUUUGCUCCUAAUAUACGGAAGUCAAAUUGAUAAUGGGAUUCACUGUGAUUUACAUCAGAACAAAAAUGUUGAAGACGACGUCUCAGAAAGAAAGGCCGGUGAAGGAAAAGGGGGGCAGAACCCUACUUUUGGUGAUCGUACAAGAACAUAUUGGACACCACCAAUGGACCGUUAUCUUAUUGACUUGUUACUAGAACAGGUUCAUAGGGGAAAUAAACUUGGGCAAACUUUCAUAACCCAGGCGUGGAUUGACAUGGUUACAUCUUUCAAUGCAAAAUUCAAUUCUCACCAUGACAAAGAUGUUCUGAAGAAUAGGUACAAACAUUUAAAGAGGCAAUACAAUGACGUAAAGAUUCUUCUUCAGCUGAGUGGGUUUUCAUGGGAUGAAACAAGAGAAAUGGUAACAGCUGAUGAUCAUGUUUGGGAUGCUUAUACCAAGGAACAUCCUGAUGCUCGAUCAUAUAGAGUGAAAACUCUGCCAAGCUAUCACAAAUUGUGUGUGAUAUUUGGAGAAGAACAUGCUGAUGGUAGAUACAGCCGUUUGGCACGCAAUGCAGACCCCAGCGGUGAAUUACCUGUUUCAUUGACUGGUGAGGGGACAAAUGACCAAUCACCUGCUGGUGAUGCUCCUUUGGUGAUAGAUUGGAUACCAUCAAUGGAGCUCUAUUUUAUUGUCCUUAUGGUAGACCAUGUGCAGAGAGGCAAUAAGGCUGAUCGUACAUUCAAUGAGCAAGCAUGGGCUGAUAUGAUAGAAUCAUUUAAUGAAAAAUUUGGACUAAAAUUUAACAAAAAUCUCCUAGAAGAUCAGUAUACAUUCUUGAUGAAACAGCAUGGUGAAAUCAGUAAUCUUAUCAAUCAUAGUGGUUUUACGUGGGAUGAAUCUCAACAAAUGGUAACAGCUGACAAUGAUGUCUGGGAAGCUUAUGUUAAGGAAUACCCAGAUGCUAUUUCAUACAGGGAUAAAAUCUUAUGUAGUUAUAGAGAUCUUUGCAAGGUCUUUGGAAAUAAAGUGUCAGGUGAAAGAUUCAGUAAUCACGGUCUGGUUAUGGAAGCGGACAUAACUGCCCAGGGAAUAGAGAUGGAGGGAACAUCUAGAGGUCAAGAAUUUCCAACGAGGAAUACUCAAAUGUCUGUUGAUGAGAGAAAGCGGCCAACUGAGACACCAUUGGAAUCACAACGUCCUAGAAAGGUACAAAAGACUGACAAUAGAAUGGAAGAAGCUCUUUCCGAGAUUGCGGGUGUAGUCAAAAGAUUGGUCAAUAAGAAAGAGAAUAAAAACUGUAAAUUGAUAGAAAGUGCAAUUGAUGCUCUCCAGGCAAUACCAGACAUAGAUGAUGAGCUUAUGUUGGAUGCUUGUGAUCUUCUGGAAGAUGAGAAAAAGGCAAAAACGUUUUUGGCAUUGGAUAUCGCUUUGAGGAGGAAAUGGUUACUAAGAAAGCUUCGACAGUAGUAUUGUAGUGGCCUUAGUUUUUUUGAGUGUUGCAUACAAUUGCCUCAUUUGAGAAAUUUUUUUUUUACUAGCUUAGAUACUGUAAUUUGUAAAUGUAUAUCUGUUCAGGCCUCCUUUUUCUGGCCA